AAAAAAAACACACACAAAAGAAUUAUACAAACGUUUGUUUGUUAAAUGAAAAAACUGUUAGAUGAUGGACUUCAAUUUAGAAAUGGAUAACUAAAAAAAAAUCGUUGGGCCAAACCUCUACUUAUAUUCAUAUUUAUUUUUGUUGCGUCAAUUCAUAAAAAUGUAUACGGAAAUAAAGCUAUAAAGUAUUAUAUAGCUAAGUGAAUAAAAUUUACAUACAUUUAAUCAAUUAAAAAUCUUAAUUUUAUGUUAUAACUGAAAUUACAUAAAACUGGAUGAGAUAUUUUGAUACAUUUUUAAUUAUAAAUUUUUUUUGAUGUCAAUUUAUUUCAUUUUAUUUAUAUAAAAUAGUUAAUUUACUAUGAAAGUUUAUUUAUAUUUAAAUGAAUGUAAUUUUUACGAUAAUUUCAAUAAAAUAAUCCAUUAAUUCUAUUGGUUUGAUAUAAAUUGAAAUUAUUUUAUAGUAUCUAAACCUACAAAAUAAGUUAUACUUAUUUUCAUUUUUUUCAUAAAUUAUUUGAUAAAAAUCAAAUAAUUUGAAAGAAAAUUGAAAUGUUACUAAAAAUGUGAGACCUAAUGUUUUGUAAUGUUUGGGCACAAAUUAGUUAUUGUGUUGUUUGGAAAUAAAGAUAGUAAUAUAAUAUUGUGUCGGUAAUUUCUUUGAAAAUUUUGAGUAAACAGUUUUUUAAAGAAUUCCAUCACGAAUUACUCUCUCUUUUUUUGUAGUGGUUGUAGGUAAAGAAAGAAUGGAAAACUUUGAGAAGAAGGCCUUCAGUUACAUGGAAAGAGACAAUGAUUAAACGGAAGUGCUAGGAAAUAUUAAAUGAUGUGGGAAACCUUUUUUAGUUAAUUUUAAGGUAUUUUGUAUUUAUGGAAAUGUCUAAACUAAUCUCCAAAGAGUGUUUCGGUACAUAAUUAUACUCUCUUUCCAAAUAUUAAACGAGGUCCAAAACAUAAUUUCAUAUACACGUAGCCACAUGAAUUUAGUGUUGUGAAGUUACUUCGAACCAAAUUGCUUGACAACCCAAUGUCGCCUACCAAUAGACAACCACAUGUGGUUUGUGGGAAAGAUUUUAAGAAAAAUAAUUUAGAUGAAACGUGAAAAAUGUUUUAAAUGUAAAAAUAUUUGUGAAAUGAAUAUGAGAAAAAAUGGUAAUUUAAAAAUAGGAAAGAUAAAAAGGAGGUCAAUUAAAUUAUAUUUUGUAAUAAUUGCUAUAAAAUUGAAUUAAUUUUAGUGUUAUAUAUUGAAUUAUAAUUUCAUAUAUACUUUAGAUUUGAUUUGAAUGUAUUUUAUGUAAAGAGAAGAUGGAAAACAUGAGAGUAAUGUCUGCAAUUACGUGGAAAAACUUUGAGAAGAAAGUUUUAAAUGAUGUAGAAAAGGAUUGAAAGAUGAGAAGAUGUCACCUGGAAGGCUGGAACUAUGGCAGGAGACGAUAAAUCAAAAAUCAAUUGAUGUAAUUUAGAAACAUGAAAAGUAAUCAUUUAAUGAUAGAUAAAAGACCAGUUGAACCAUGUUGUCAAAAAAAAAAAGACCAGUUGAACCUAAUAAUUUUCUUCCCCGCGUUAUUGUCCCAAUCCCAGCACGAUCCACGUCUUUUCCACAGUUUCGAGGGUGAACUUUUCUACUCCGCGUUAUUCCCCAACUCCCAGCACGAUCGACGUCUUUUCCACAGUUUCACGGGUGGCUAGCUACUGAUUAUAUAUAUGUGUGUGUUUUGCUAAGUUUAUAACUGCAAGUCUGCAACAAUCCAGUACCUACAGAUACUUGUACAUCAGAGUAAUCUCGACAUUCUCUUGUCUUCAGCAAGAUUCUUAUCCAAGUUCAGAUUAGCUCCAGUAUAAAGUAAAUGGCGGCUGUUGGAUUAGUCUCUCUACUACUGUCGAAAUACUCAAGUUCCGAUAAGGAUGGAACCAACGAACCAAACCUGAUUUCUUACACAACCGCUUGUGAAGAAGAUCCAGAGCUCAAAUCCUUUGGUUCUUCGCUUGACCAACGAUUUAGCAAAUUGAAUGGCUCCCUCACUACUGAAUUUUUUUCCCUAAACGCAGUCAAGUCGGUGUGCGGGUUUCUAGUUGAAAUGAACCAAAAUUUGGCCGAGAGCAUUAUCGCCAACGUAGAUUUAUUGAAGAACGAAGAACUAAGGUCUUUGGUCGAUCUCUAUUAUGAGAGUUCCACUAGUACUUUAGAUCUAUUUAAUACAGUGGGGAACUGCACCAAUAAAGCAAAAUUAAGCAUUCUGAUCAUUCGAAUCGCGAUCCAACAGUUUAAAAAAGAGUCCAUGGACAUAGAGAUUGGAGGAAACAAGAAGAAGUACGCCGAAACGUUAGAGGAGCUGAAUAACGUCAAAGCUAGGGGAGAUCCUUUUGGUGACGAGUUCAAGGAUCAGUUGAAGUCUGUACGCGCUGAGCACCUUAAGCUUUUAGAGAAGGUCCAUGAGCUGGCGAUGAAGCUUGAGAAACAACAGGGUAAACUAAAGAGAAGGAGGAGAUUGAUGACUAUUUUUUUCUCUACUAUGGUUUUUUCUUUUUUGGCCGUAGAGAUGUGUUCAAACAUAGUAGCCGUACCUUCAUUGGCGCAAGGUACUGCGUUUGGGUUGAACCUCCUGAUGGCACCUUUAGGACUAUAUCUCAACGAGAUGAUGAAGAACCGUGAGAAGGAUUUGUAUAGACAGAAAGAGGUGGCCAAUAUUAUGGAGAAAAAUACUAAUGUCAACAUCCAAUGGACAAAAACGAUAAAUAGCCUAGUCGAGAAGCUUGCUACGAGUCUCUCAUUGAUUUUGGGGUCUAUGGAGCUUGCUGUUGUGAAAAGAGAAGAGGAGGCCGCAAAACCUCUGGUGGAAGCAAUCCUUAAGGAAGUGGAUGCGUUUGCUAGUACAAUUCAGGAAUUUGGUGAAGCUGUGGGUAAGUGUAUCUCAUGUGUCGCUUCUGGGAAACUACAAGUUCUGGAACACAUAACCAAAUCAAUGUCAUCGUAAGGGAAUAAGAAGUAAACUAUCCAACGUAUUUAUACUUUUAUAUUAAUGUUCGAAGUGUGCGAAACUUGUGUU